AUGCUUCUCUUAUAUCAAACUGAGAAAUACACAAUCAGCCAUAAACCAACAAUGUCCAGUGAUAGCAGUUAUUAUCCAAUUAAGAUCGAAAAAGCUUUGAACGACCCAACUCUCUUACUAAACCAUACAUGUUUAAGGGUUAAGGAUCCGGCAAAAACCGUGGAGUUUUAUACUAAGCACUUUGGUAUGAAGUUAUUAAGUAGAAAGGAUUUUGAAGAAGCGAAGUUCAGCUUGUAUUUCUUAAGCUUUCCUAAAAACGACAUAUCUAAAAACAAGAACGGCGAACCUGACGUUUUCAGUGCACACGGUAUGUUGGAACUGACUCACAAUUGGGGCAGUGAGAAGGACUCAAGCUUUAAGAUCAACAAUGGGAAUGAGGAACCACACCGUGGAUUCGGCCAUAUCUGUUUUUCUGUCUCUGACAUCAAUACGACUUGCGAAGAGUUAGAAUCUCAAGGUGUCAAAUUCAAGAAGAGACUCUCUGAUGGGAGACAGAAGGACAUUGCCUUCGCACUGGACCCCGAUGGAUACUGGAUUGAGUUGAUUACGUAUUCCAGAGAGGGACAAGAAUAUCCGAAGGGCUCGGUUGGUAGCAAAUUUAACCAUACUAUGGUCCGUGUUAAGAACCCAACCAGAUCUUUGGAGUUCUACCAAAAUGUUUUGGGAAUGAAAUUGCUGAGAACCAGCGAGCACGAAAAUGCCAAAUUCACCUUAUAUUUCUUGGGCUACGGUGUUCCAAAGGGAGACAGUGUUUUUUCAUGCGAAAGUGUAUUGGAACUGACUCAUAACUGGGGGACAGAGGAUGACCCAAAUUUCCAGUACCAUAACGGUAAUUCCGAACCACAAGGUUAUGGCCACAUUUGCGUAAGUUGUGAUGAUGCUGGCGCCCUUUGUGAAGAAAUUGAAAUCAAAUAUGGCGAUAAGAUUCAGUGGUCUCCUAAAUAUAACCAGGGCAAAAUGAAGAACAUUGCCUUUUUAAAGGAUCCCGAUGGAUAUUCCAUUGAAGUUGUUCCACAUGGUUUGAUUGUUUGA